AUGCCAUUCUUUAGCCUAGAAGAGGCGAUUAACUGUCCACCGGCUUUGAUUGGCGAUAGUUCUAAAGGGACGAAUGACAACAUUCAAUUUUGCAAAAAUGGGGCUUCCCCAUUCUCUGGGAAAAGCACUAAAGGCACGAAACUUAACUCAGAGAAAAACAGUGAAUCUGAAGCAAGAAACGAGUCAGUUCUGUCCCGUUGGAGCGAUCGUGCUAGCAUACAAAGUUUUAUGAACGCCAUUUCAACGUUGAGUGCCAAGAAACAGCGAGUGGAGUUCCAACAACAGCAACAGAACAAGGAGAUUUUUGAUAAAUUCCGUUUGUUUAUGCAACAACAGCAGUUGGAAAGGAAUCAAGAUCAAAAAGCACAACAAAAUCAACAACAACAACAACAGAGUCUAACAUUAAACCAACAACAACAACAACAACAACAACAACAACCCAUUCUAACAUUGAACACACUCCAGCAACAACAACAACAGCUACAACAACAACAACAAACCCCAUCGCCGGAACAAAACAUCACACUCGUACAAACAAAACCAAAAGUUCGAAAAGUCAUGAAAGGUGGGGUGCUGGUAUCCAUGCCAGUGAGUGCACGACACCCCCCUGGAGGAAGAGGGAUAGAACAGCCUCCCAGGGGGGAGAGUGGACCAGUUACAAACCAUGACAAGGGUGUGGGGUUUGGGAGUGGGAACAUACUUGACGAUAUUCUAGCUAGAAGUCAGGGGAAUAAAGAAACAAGUGUCGUAGCUCGAAAGAAGGUUGUGAUUUCUAAAACUAUCGCUGAUAAAGGGAAAGGGAAGCAAGUAGCCGGCCACAAGACGGGAGAAACUGUGACUACAAAUGAACUGCGGAAUAUGCCUAGCAUUGAUAACGAAAAUAUUACAGUAAGCGACUCUCCUGACAGCAAAAAUAUCCAUAAGACAGGUGAAACCACAAAUGCAUUUCGAAGAAGCGUCAGGAACGAGCAUGCAGUUACAGUUUCAGAUUCAUCGGAUGGAAAAAACAUCAACAUAAAUCUGAGUUUAACAAUAUCGAUGCCCGGCCAGGAGCAACAGAAAGCUGAAAUCAAACAUACCACAACAAUUAAAAAGCCGUCUCUAGCACAGACUGAUAACAUAGUUUUGGACGGUAGUGGCUCUUUUGUUGAAAGAAGUAAUGUUGUUGAGUCUUCCAAUGACGAGGAGCAGCCAAUGGGAAGUACGUCUGAGUUGGAUGGGCAGAGUGGUGUUAGGUCAUUGCCAAUUAAUGUAGGAACAGGCACAGCUCCACAAAACCCUUCUACAGAUACAGAAAGCUGUGUAUUAGAUGCUCAACUGAAGAAACCAAAGUUGGAUCCUGAUGCUAGUGAGCAAAGAAAAAUUCAGCCAAUUGUGAUUUCUGAUACUGACAAUGAGGAACAAGGCAUUCUUAUAAACCAAACUGAGUUAAAUUCAAAACUAGACACUGCAACAAUAGCAAAUCCUGACAACGACCAAGCCAAUUCAUUAAAUAUGAAUCAAUUUGUAUCGAAUUGUCAGCCAGUUUAUAUAACCUUAUCAAGUCCUGAACACAGCCACGGUACAGUAUUAAGCAUGUUAAGUUGUAUAUCUGACACAGAUAAUCAAAACAAUGUAAAAGCCUCUGAAUUGAUUUCUGUGGACAGUGUAACAAAAGCAACGCCUGAAAAAAGCAGCAGCAAUACAUCAAACGUGAAUUCUAAACCUGCAGACAAUAAUGGACAGAGCAACGGGAAAGUAUCUAAACGGCAUUUAGUUGAUAAACUAGACAAUGAGAUAAAUAGGCACACACAUACACUAAAUACUGAUGGAGAAAGCGAUCGCAAAUCAUCUACUCGCAAACCAUCCAGCCUGCCCAGACUAGACAAUGAUGUAACGACCUCCCCUGAUACCAGAAAGCAAGGCAACGCUACCCAGUUGAAAGUUGACAUCAAGUCAGACCCUGCAGUGACUAGCCAUAGUUCUAGCGAUGUUUUUAAACAAGGAAACACAACCCAAACUAAAGUAAACAUUAAACCAGAUCCUGCCGUAUUUAGCCAUGGUUCUAGCCAUAUCUUGAAGAAGGAAGCAACAUAA